CACACGUGGACUCCACAGUCCUUAUUCCCGGUCUGCGGCCUUUCGUUUCCAUAAAAAAAAUGUUGGCUCUCAUCAAUUUCAAAUUUAGCUUUCAAAUUCAAAUACCCCGCGAAGAACUUGGCCUAACAAAAAAAAUAAAAAUAAAUAAACCAACAAAAUACAUGAAUAGCUUAUUUGAAAUAAAAAUUAAAAUAAAUACAAAACAAAUUAAAGAACUGGAGCCCAACUACUUUCAAUUUAUCUUCCAAAGCAAAGAAGAUCUUCAGCAAGUUAUAAGCGGCACUAACUGGAGUUUCGAAAAUCAGUACUUGAUUCUUAGUGAGUGGAGACAUAAGCUUCAUAGCAAACACCUCUGCUUCCAAGAACUCAACUUAUGGGUGCAGGUAAUGAACAUUCCUUUAAAUUGGCUCUGCACUGAGGUUGGUGUUAAAAUCAGCAAGGUUUUUAAAGAAGUUCACAAUGUGGUGGUGGAUAAUUUUGGGAACCAUGGUGGUAAAUUUCUUCGUUUGCUGGUGUCUCUUGAUCCCAAUGAACCAAUUCCUAGAUGUACCAAGGUUAGGCUUGGGGACGAUGUGGUUACAAUUGGUUUCAGAUAUGAAAAGCUCAAGAACUUAUGUCAUUAUUGCGGCUGUAUUGGCCAUCUGGACAAAGGGUGCUCUAAGAAAGUUAAGGAUAUUAAGGCUUGUACGGUCAAGGAGGGUCAAUAUGGAGACUGGUUGAAGGCCCCUGAUGGCCAGUUCUGGUCUUCAAUUAAUAAUCAUGCUUCCGGUUCUCGUAGUCCUCCAUCUAGCCCUGGCAGACCACAUUCACCUCCAUCCUCAGAGCAUACUUUACAUCAUCAAUCUGUUCAACAAGACAGUGCUAGUCAAGCUAAUCAGAGGAACCAAUUGAUCAUUCAUCCAGUGGAUUCCAACCCUGCAUUCAAAUCCUCUGCCAAUGGUUCUUCCUCAAGCUCCCCAGGAGACAUCCUCAAAUCCCCUGGAAUUUCAAAACCAACAGCUUUGGGAGAGCAACCUCAAAUCAACUCUAUGGAGAUUGAACCCUCUGACCUUCCUAUUGUCUUAGCUUCAGCAACCUCAAUUCCAGACAAAGGAAAAGGCCAAUUCUCAAUGUUAGCUGCGGUGUGGAACUAUAGAGGGCUGGGUGGGCCCUCUACAGUUUCCCAAAUCAGAGAGACAAUUAGGUCUCAUCACCCAAUUUUCACCUUUCUUUUUGAAACCAAAAAAUCAUUCGCUUUUGUUAAGACUGUUGUCAGGAGAUUAGGUUUUGAGGAUAGAUUUUCUGUAGUUGAUCCUCAAGGAUUAAGGGGAGGUCUUUUGCUUUUGUGGAACAAUUCUGUUAAUAUUAUUAAUCUUGUUAGUUCCUCCUUUUUUAUUGCUGUUCAUUUUCAGUUACCUUCUAGUGAACCCCAAUGGGGUGUUUUUGUUUACCUGAGUACUUGUAAGAUUCAAAGGGCUUCUCAAUGGGAAUUGUUAGAAUCAAAAAGUAGGAAAUGGGGAUCUCAUUGGUUUAUUGAAGGAGACUGGAAUGAUUUAUGUUCUAACUCUGAGAAAAAGGGAGGAAACUCUCGUUCUGAAAGCAGCUUCCUGGAAUUCAAAGCAUUCAUCAAUGCCAUUGAAAUGGAAGACAUCAAGAUGGAAGGCUAUCAAUUUACCUGGUGCAACAACCGAGGAGCUGACAAUGUAGUUGAAGAAAAAUUGGACCGAGCCUUCGGUUCUAUUGAGUGGAUGCAGAACUUCCCCAAUGCCAAAACUCUAAACCUGGUCACAAGCUCCUCUGACCAUUCCUUACUUCUGUUGGAUCCUGGCAUCAAAAAAGAUAGGAGAGCUAGAAGAUUCCAAUUUGAUGCAAGGUGGAUUGGUCAAGCUGGUUUAAAUGAAGUGGUGACUCAAGCUUGGAAGAUACCAGUUUCUGGUACUCCCUUUUUUCAACUCAAGGAAAAAAUUAAGCAGACAAGUGUGCCUUUGUUGAGGUGGAGCUCUCAAUUCCAAACCCAAAAUCAGCAUCAAAUAGCCACUCUUACCAAGAAGUUGGAGGAUCUAAGAGAGGACAACUCUUCAGCUAAGUGGGAUGAGUGGAGCACCACAAGGACAGAUCUGGACAAAGCUCACCACUAUGAAGCAAUGUAUUGGCAACAGACUUCAAGGCUUCACUGGCUAAAACAUGGGGAUAGUAAUUCAAAAUUCUUCCAUGCCUACACAUUGCACAGAAGAAGAAUGAAUGCCAUUACCAGACUUAUCAACUCCAGAGGUGAAGAACUUACAUGCCAGAAAGACAUCCAGAGCCAUAUUGCUGACUUUUACAGAUCUCUUUUCUCAACUGAGGCUGGGGUUGACCAGGCUGGGGUUCUUCUUGAUCUGUUGAACAGAUAUAGAAUGUUCACUGGCCAAACUGUGAAUCUGGUUAAAUCUGUAAUCUUUUUCAGCAGAAAUACUCCUGAAUUUCUUCAAAGAAGUAUCUGUGCAGCUCUGCAAGGCAUUCAAUCUCAUAAAUCCACCAGGUAUUUGGGACUACCCCUGGGAAUUGGUAAGUCCAAAAAAGAGAUUUUUGAUUAUCUU